AUGCCGAAAAUUUUAUUUUACUUGAAGGCAUCAUUAUCAUCCACAUGUGGCCCAACAACUACGACAACGAUCCCUACCACAACCACAGGGUUUAGUGUCAACGACGCUAUCGCAGUGGGAUGUAGCGAUAUUGGGUGGAAUAUUCGCGUGGACAUAAGUCGCCUUCGCCAAACCCUUCCAGGAAUACGGACCUCCGAUAUUUACUUAGGAGAAAACAGCUGCAUCGGUUUGGAGGAAAAUGGCGCCCUCUACUUCCGCCAAGGAUUAAGAGAGUGCCUUACUUCAGAAACGAUUAUUAAUGAUGCAAUGGUAUACACAAAUGAGUUGGUAUACGCACAGCACGACCCGGUCUACAGUUUUGUCAUUCGUCAGUUCAAUUGGACAGUUGCAGUAGAAUGUGACGUGAUGAACAACGAAUCAGCCACGGGUGAGUACCAUCAUGCCAUCGCAAAACCAAGCAUUGCGCCAGUAUCGGGGGCCGGGCAUCAUUCUGUCAACCUUACGUUCUACCAAGACGCUAACUUCCUUUCUCCCUUGCCCGGAAAUCCCAUCCACCUGCCUACGGGGACUGACGUUUACGUCAAAGUGUUUACGCUGUCCAGUGAUUGGACGGUAAAGAUGCAUGUGCACACGUGUUAUACGCGGCCUAUUAACGUGUUGUCAGACGAUCAGAACUACUUCCUCAUACAAAAUGGAUGCGAGAUGGAUGCCAACACACACAUCCUGUCACAAACUGCACAUGAAACCCGCUUUGUCUUCAAAGAUUUCGUCUACACCAGUGACGGUGCUGGAAUAAAAGUGAAGUGUGACGUCACAUUCUGUGACUCCCACGACGUUUCGCGUCAGUGUACACAGACGUGUAAUUAA